AUGGGCAGUGUGAAGGCAACAAUUGCUUAUCUUUUUUUAAUUCAGGUUGAUUCCUAUUGUAAAAAUCUUUGUCAACAGGCAGAAGAACUUUUUUCUACAUUUAUACCUCAAAAAAUAACUCAGCUUGACAAUUUCCUAAAGGAAGAAGAUGUAAAUGUUCAGGACUUGACUAGCAUUCAUGCACCGCUGGAUAUUCCUAUUCCUGACCCACCUAAAGAAGAUGAGGACAUGGAGACAGACAAGGAUGAUGAUAAAGAAAAGAAAAAAGAAGCUCCUAAAUGUGGUUUCAUAAAAGGAAAUGAGAAACUUUUGUCCCUUUUGAAUCGGGUUAAACCAGAAGUUUGGACCUUGAAGGAGACAUGCAUUCUGGUUACCACCUGGAUUCAGCACAUGAUUCCAAAAAUUGAAGAUGGAAAUGAUUUUGGAGUUGCUAUCCAGGAGAAGAUCCUUGAACGCAUAACUGCAGUGAAGACUAAAGUGGAUGGCUUCCAGACCAACAUCUCCAAGUAUUUCUCAGAACGAGGAGAUGCAGUUGCCAAAGCAUCCAAGGAAACACAUGUGAUGGAUUAUCGUGCACUAGUGCAUGAGAAGGAUGAGGCAGCAUACGCAGACAUACGUAUUAUGCUGAUGGAUAUCCGAGGCUUCUACGCUGAGAUCUAUGACAUUAUCAAUAAAAAUCAAGACAAAGUUACUAAUCCUAAAGGUGAAGAGAAGCCGUCCAUGUACUAAACAGCUACGAGACUGCAUGAUUUGCCAUCUUCAACACAACACCAGUGCUGCAGUGCUUCUACCUUUUCUCCCAAACCAAUCAUCAUUUUCAACAAGAAUGUUUGCUUGCUAAAUAGAAAUUAAAUUAAAAUUUUAAAAAUACA